UCACAACAAUGCUGUAUCCUUAACCCACAGAGCGAGGCCAGGGAUCAAACCUAUGUCCUCAAAGAUGCUGGCAGAUUCGUUUCUGCUGAGCCAUGACGGAAACUCCUGUUCUGCCCCUUUUUGUUUCACAUAUGUUCCCACUCCAGCUGUGAAAGGCAUCUCUGCAUCUCUCUCCCGACUUUGCUUCUCUCAUAGAUGAUUUUAGACCUUUGCUAUUGAUGUGCCCAGACUGGAACAUUUGGCAUACCUUUCAGAUCUCGUGUCAAAGAGUCUUACUUCAGGUCUUUGCUGUUCUCUUGGCUAAAUCAAGUAUCCUUUAAUAAAAUAUCAUGCAAGGUACCUUCCAUAUUUUUAAUAGCAUUUAUUUCUGUUUGCAAUUAUGUAUUUGCAUGAUUGUUGGAUACUGUCUGUUUCCCCAUAUAAAAUGUAAAGUCCAUGAGACUUUUCAGUGUCUACGAAGGCCUAGAACAGCCUUGGCAGCAGAUGAGAAAUACAUAACUAGACAAUUAAAAGACAAAAUGAUUAAUUCCAAAAUGAGGUUAAGUACAUAUGAAGUCACAGUGUUGGCAGGUUAACCAUUAUUUUUUUGGGAAUACAUUUGCUGUUGGAGCAUUGGUUUCACAGGCUUGUAAUUUUACUUAAAAUAAAUAGAGACUAGUAGUAUUUUGAAUUUUCAAUUUCCAAGUACAGAUUAAGAGCUUCCAGAAGUUGAUUGUACUUGAAUGACUUUUUAGAGUCGAAACUUUCCCCUUUACUCACAUCUGGAUGGUAUUUGAUACUGUUUUAAAAAGAGAGUUAGUUGCAUACCUCUUGAUGUUUACUAUAUGCAAUAUAUUUAUGUUAGUUGCCUAAGGCAUAAAUAUUUUAAAAUGAUACCAGAUCUUAAGACAAGAAAUCACAGAUGUUAUAAAAGUUUUUCUCAGCUCUCAAAAAAAGUUAGAAAAAAUCAGGACGAGUAAUAUAAUAUUGGAAUUAUGCUUUGAUGUUACUUUCUGGUCUUCAGACCAUAAUUUUCUGUAUGACUCUUGUUAGCAGAUUGAACUGUUCGUAGGAAAACUCUUAAAGCUGUAGUAUUUUCUUAAAAAUGGUUUAGUACUGUUAUUUACAUUGUAAAAUUAAUGCUUUCAAUAAGAUUUUGCUUUCCAUCUCUCCUGAAUUCUCCCUAAGAGUGCACAACUUCAAAAAUAAAGAAGCACAGUCAGCAGAAAAAAAGAGGUGGUCUGAGCAUUUAUGCGUUAAAUAUGCAUGUUAAUUAGGAAAAAAAUUAGAAAAAUAUGAAAACAGAUGUUACAUAAAUUAUUGCAGUCCCAGGGCAGCAGUAACUUAUACACUGACAAUAAUUUUUAUAUGUGCAUGUGUAUGUCUAUUUCUAGAUUUCUCAAUGUUUAUGCAAUUCCAUAGAGAAUAACUAGAAGAAGAACUGGUAUAUCCUUUCAGUGAGACUAUGGUAAACAUUCCUUCUGCAUGUGGCUUGCUGAGCAAGUCUGGGGUUUACGUUCACUCUUCCUGGACAGAUAGUCUUCCAUGUUUCCUAAUUCUUCCGGUAGUCUUUUUCCUUUCUUCUUGGUUUCUUGGUAGUAUAUCAGUGAGAUCUUUUAUUGGAUAUGUCCUAUCCAAACAAGAAAGUAAAUCCUGAUCCCAGCAGUGGAAGAAACAUAAAAUUGACUUGGGUGUAAAGUAUGUACUUAGAAACAAAACAAGUUACAACUACUCAAAAUACUGAUUGUAGUUACUUUUUCUUUGGUUACUGUCGUACAUCAUGAAGGAAAUAGCCCUUUUUCUUGGAAUAGUAUUGACACAGUAAUAUGAUAGUCUAUACUAAGGGUUACAGAAACACACAUUCAUCAGAUACACCUAUGUUGGAAUAAUUAAAAGACAUUUGAAUGUCUUUCAUUCUAAAGAGACAUCCGUAAUAUAAAAAUGGUCUGUGUUUUUACAAGGGAAAAAUGAGAAAUAGAGACAUGCUUUAUUUUAGUGGUAUGGCAAUUUUUAGUUCAACCAUACAGAAAACCAAAUGACUAUAUUGCCGUCCAAGAAGCUGUUGACAAUAUCUAGGUUUUUUUUCCAUACAUAAAUUAUAUAAUUUAGAAACAUGUCGUUUGUAACUUUUCAUGUAAGAUUGAAAGUUAAAAUAAGGAAAUGCUCCAUCAGAAUGUAGUAAAUCAUUCUCUUUAUCAAACGAACAAACAGAACAUGAAUUCUAUUCAGUACAGGGGCAUAAAACAGUUUCUGGAAAUCUAUCUAGAGAGCAAUGCCACAUUCAUCUCUAGUCUUUAGAAAUCAUACUUUGUUGGUUUUAGUAGCCUAUGAAGCUGAAAUGUGUUUUAAGUAAUUUCUCUUGAAUCUCAGUAGGUUUCAGACAUAUUAUCAUGUUUUUCAGUUCCAUGUUUUUGAUUAUAUUUUACAUUAUAUUACCUAACUACUGUUGUCCUUUUGUACGUAUGCUUGAGCCCUCAAUAAACUUUAGCAGGUUAUUGGGAGUAACAAAAACCAAUAAAGAAUGGAUCUAGACAAGAGUGGUAAUAAAUAUGUUUAGUAUUUUAUUAUUAUUAAGAGGUUCUUUACUUAAAUUAGAUAGCUGUUUCAGAAAUUUUGUUGUCACUUUUGCAGAUUUUACAAAGGGAUAUACCUAUGUCAGAUACGGUUUGUGAAAGAAUACUAAAGUGUAUUGUUAAAGACUUGUGGAGGAGACCUCUGUUGUACAGAGCCUGAAGUCAUCUAUGAUCCAUAACAAGAGCAUAAGUUUUCAAGUGUCAGUUAGAUUUGUGGAUCAGUAAAGUUUUCCUGAUAGGUAGUCACUUUUGGUGACAGUGUCCAGUUCUCAAAAUGUAUCAUUCCUUAUCUGAAACUAGACAUCCUCUGCAGCCAGAAGAACAAGAAGUGGGCAUUGAUCCUUUGUCUAGCUACUUAAACAAGCCUGGAGGAGAUUCAAAUCAAAAUGGAAGAAGAACAAGUUCUACUUUAGAGUCUGAUGGGACUUUUAAUUCCUAUAGGAAAGAAUGGGAAGAACUCUUUGUAAACAACAAUUACUUGGCAACAAUAAGGCAGAAGGGGAUUAAUGGGCAGCUGAGAAGCAGCAGGUUCCGCAGCAUUUGCUGGAAGCUCUUUCUUUGUGUUCUUCCUCAAGAUAAAAGUCAAUGGAUAAGUAGAAUUAAAGAAUUAAGAGCAUGGUAUAGCAACGUUAAAGAAAUACAUAUCACAAACCCGAGGAAAGUUGUUGGCCAGCAGGACUUGAUGAUCAAUAAUCCCCUUUCCCAGGAUGAAGGGAGUCUUUGGAACAAAUUCUUCCAAGAUAAAGAACUUCGGUCAAUGAUCGAACAGGAUGUCAAAAGAACGUUUCCUGAAAUGCAGUUUUUCCAACAAGAAAAUGUGAGAAAAAUUCUUACAGAUGUUCUUUUCUGUUAUGCUAGAGAGAACGAGCAGUUGCUUUAUAAACAGGGCAUGCACGAGCUGCUGGCGCCCAUAGUCUUCACCCUCCACUGUGACCACCAAGCCUUUCUUCACGCCAGUGAGUCUGCACAACCAAGUGAGGAAAUGAAAACUCUCUUGAACCCUGAGUACCUGGAACAUGAUGCCUAUGCAAUGUUCUCACAACUUAUGGAAACUGCUGAACCUUGGUUUUCUACUUUUGAGCAUGAUGGUCAAAAGGGGAAAGAAACCCUGAUGCCUCCUAUUCCCUUUGCUAGACCGCAGGAUUUGGGACCAACAAUUGCUAUUGUUACUAAAGUCAACCAGAUCCAGGAUCAUCUACUGAAGAAGCAUGAUAUAGAGCUUUACAUGCACCUCAACAGACUAGAAAUUGCGCCACAGAUAUAUGGGCUACGGUGGGUUCGGCUGCUGUUUGGACGAGAGUUCCCCCUGCAGGACCUUCUGGUGGUCUGGGAUGCCUUGUUCGCAGAUGGCCUCAGCCUGAGUUUAGUUGAUUAUAUCUUCAUAGCCAUGUUGCUCUACAUCCGAGAUGCUCUGAUCUCUAGUAACUACCAGACUUGUCUUGGCCUUCUGAUGCAUUACCCGCUAAUUGGGGAUGUUCACUCACUGAUUCUUAAGGCUCUGUUCCUUCGAGAUCCAAAGAAAAACCCAAGACCAGUGACUUACCAAUUCCAUCCAAAUUUAGAUUAUUACAAAGCACGAGGAGCAGACCUCAUGAAUAAAAGCCGGACCAAUGCCAAAGGCGCUCCCCUGAAUAUAAACAAGGUCUCUAAUAGCCUGAUUAAUUUUGGAAGAAAACUGAUUUCUCCAGCGAUGGUCCCAAGUGGUACAGGUGGCCCUGUACCAGGAGGUAGUGGGGCCGCUUCCUCCCCAGCCGUGGUUCCCACCAGGACCUUGGCAGAGGCUCCCAGGCACCCUUUGCAGCAACAGCAGCAGCAGCAGCAGCAGCAGCAGCAGCAGCAGCAGCAACAGCAGCAGCAGCAGCAGCAGCAACAGCAGCAGCAGCAGCAGCAGCGGCUGAUGAAAUCGGAAAGCAUGCCAGUGCAACUGAACAAAGGACAAAGUUCUAAAAACAUCAGUUCAUCUCCAAGUAUUGAGAGUCUGCCUGGAGGAAGGGAGUUUACAGGCUCCCCACCAUCAUCUGCUACUAAAAAGGACUCCUUUUUCAGCAGCAUCUCCCGUUCCCGCUCACACAGCAAAACUAUGGGCAGAAAAGAAUCUGAAGAAGAAUUAGAAGCCCAAAUUUCCUUCCUUCAAGGACAGUUGAAUGACCUAGAUGCCAUGUGCAAAUACUGUGCAAAGGUGAUGGACACUCAUCUUGUAAAUAUUCAAGAUGUGAUAUUACAAGAAAAUUUAGAAAAAGAAGAUCAAAUUCUGGUUUCCCUGGCAGGAUUAAAGCAGAUCAAAGACAUUCUAAAAGGUUCCCUGCGUUUCAACCAAAGCCAGCUGGAGGCCGAGGAGAAUGAGCAGAUCACCAUCUCCGAUGACCACUACUGCUCCAGUGGCCAGGGCCAUGUGCCUGGGGCCACCAAGCAGACCCCUUCAGCAGCGCAGGGGCGCACAGAGAGAGGUGGCCCGGACGACUUCAUCCUCGUCUCCAAGGAUGACGACGGGGGCAGCACCAGGGCGCCCGCACCCGGCCAAGCGCAGCCCCUACGGCUCCUCAGGAGCUUGGCCCGCCCCGCCCUGGUUUUCUCAGACCCGCUGACUGGUCCGGCUUCGGCCCCCUCCAGCAACCCCAGUUCCAGCCCCGAUGACGACAGCAGCGGCCACAGCAAGGACUCGGGCUUCACCAUUGUGAGCCCCCUGGACCUCUGACCGCCGCCUGGCCACCCCCGCAGCCCCGAGGAGACGCCUCUGAAACCCAGCCUCUUCCCAGCGUGCACGUGGCCUUGGGGCAGCCCUCGGAAGGUGCAGAGAGAAGCAGGGGGACGUCAAGCACGGUGGGACCUUGCCUCAAAAGCAGACAGCUUGUCCCCGCCCCAGUAGCUCACCUCGACCCCUGCACCCCCCGCCGCUGCCCUGAGGUGACGCUGGGUAAAGACCCAGCGUCACACUCAUGGUCAAAAAAGACCAAUCACAGCUAGAAUCUCUUUCCCUCUGUCUCUCCUCCCCAACUGAGAAGGUGUGGCCACUCUGACAGGUGCAUCAAGAAGAAGGAAGAGGGUUUCACAUCUUCCCUCUCUCAGAGCAUCAGGCAUAGGAAAACUGACUGAUACCAAAAACCAUUCUCUCUGGACAUCUCGAUCUCACCCUAUUUCAUUAUUUCUCCCUUGGGAAGCCACACAGCACUGCCAGGAGCAACAGAAUGGACGGGAACUUGCGGUUUCCAGGACUGAAACAAGCCUCACAGAAAACUGAAAUGCUCUUUAGAAACAGGGUCUAAACUUAGGAAUUCUAUUUAGGUGUAACAUGGUUCAGAUUUUUUUUUUUUUCAUUUACUAAAGAAUACAUUUCCUCAAACCAGAUCAACUCUGGCCAUCCCUGCCCCUCCUUAAACAGUUGUAUUUCACCCUUUAGAAUCUUCGAAGCCAGAAGAGAAGGUCAUUUAGCCAUGUAUUAGCCGUGAAUGUACACCCUGACUCUGGUGUGACAGGAUGGCGGAGCUCGCACAGAAGAGGAUCUAGACUAGCAGGAGAAACCUUGCGACUUUGGGACAACUCCCCAGCAAGCAUGCUGUUCUUUUCCAUCGCUUGGCUUAUCUCUUUGAAGAAAGGGGUCAAAAGAAGGCUGACCUCUUUAGAGGAAAGGUGGAGCAAACCCUGGGCUGGUCACUCGCCACCCACCUGCCCCCGAAGACCUCAGGCAAUGCAUUUUAUCGCUUUUGUCUGGGACUCUGCGUCUGGGAGAGGAUGCCUCAGACAGAACCACAGACCCCUUCAGCUCGAAAGUUUGCUGAUUUUAACAGCCUGUAUGAACCACAGCAGAUGACAUGUGCCUUGCUCUCAGCGUCUAAGUCACAGGUUAGAUGAUGAGUGCCUGCCGUUACUAUAAAUGUAGCCUUUUUUUUCAGUUUCAUAUUUUGUUAUUUUUUUAUGAUUUCUGGAUUUUCACUUUAAAUUGAAUAUUGCUGUUUACUUGCCAGUGAAGUUCAAGGAUUGCUAACAGUAAUCUUACACAUUAUUUUAUUUCUCAGACUAUAAAUCUACUUUUAAUUCUUUACUAUUUUCUUUUUUUUUUUUUUUUCCCACGUAGAGUUCUGAAAUGAGCUAAGAGCCUAACUAAGCUCCCUGCUGGCUGCUGGCUGCUGGCAGCAGGAAACUGCACUAUCAUUCAAACAACAGAGGUUUAAUUUUCUAAACAGAAUGACACUGAGCAAAGACCAGUGGAGAUGCGCACCUUGAUUAAAGUACAUUAUCAGCAAACAAAUGACAAGAACUAGGCAAAGGAGUUGUGUUUUAAAAGGAGCUUUCAGGGUCUUGGCAGAAGUAAAUUCAAUAUAUUAGCCUGAGCAUCUAAUAAUGAGUCACCAAGUCAUAGAUGCCAUCAUAGUUAACUGGUUGACUUACCUGAAUCACUGACAGGAAAAUGGACAAAUAAGAAAACAGUUAGUGAAGAUCUAGGAAGCCUUUACUCUUCCAAAAUUUGAGAGCAAUUUGGUUUGGGAGAAGAAAUAGACUGCAGUGUCCAGUAUCAAAAAUCAUAUGACGUUUCACCGAUUUGGAAAAGAAAGUUUUGGAGGAAAGAUUCAGCUGGCCGGAGGAGAGCUGCACCCGCUCCAGCCCCUCCACCUGCUGCCGGCUCACUGUCUGCACUACCUGAAGGCUCACUUUGCUUCGGCAGGAACCGACGACGCUGAGAAGGGGGAAGCAGUGUUGGUUGAUUUACAAACAACAGCUGCCACUGGGUAAAGUCGUGGCCACUGUAUGUACCAAAAGCAAAAUAGCAAGCCAGGCAAGCAACUUACUUUUGACAAAGGGGUCCACCAAGUAACUGGCUCUUCUUAAGAGUAGAAUAUCUUGGACUGGAAAUUUUCAACGUUAAACCUUCAAUUAAAUGCACACACUGCUAUUGGAGAAAUAUCAUAAAACAUCUUUUUAAUGUGAACACUACUUCAUACAAUGCAAAAUUAUGUACAGUGUGUUGCUUCCAGGUUGAUUGCCUUUACAUUGUCUACACGCUAGCUGGUGUUUCCAGCUGGGAAUCCUCUGUCCAGCCACAGCGCCCUUGAACCCAACCGCUCUCUAAGUUCAGGGAGUCUGGCUACUUACAGUCUCCUCAGUAACCAUGGCUCAGCAGGCACGCCCCCCCCCCCAAUCAUCUAUGCCCUAGAGACCCCAGUGAUCAUACAUAAGUAAAAGUUGUAGAUUAGAUUUUCCCCAAUAAAUACUAAUUAAACAGUACAAUCCAUCUUUAAGACAUUGUUUUCAAACAGGAAAAUGUCGUCUGUUUCUCAAUGGAACUAGAGUGACUACUCUGUUGUUCACACUGGAACCGAGUUAUGAUGCUUUUGUAUACAAAUAUAGCAUAUUUGGGCCAGGAAUAUAGUUUCUUGUUAAAGAGUUUAUUUGCCUCCACACGCAGGGUUGCUACAUACAUUCACAGUUUUAAGAGACUGCAAUAGCUAUUCCAGUUGUGCUUUAAAAUCUCCAAUAUUAUUUUCAUUAGUGAGUGCAAAGCAAAUGUCCCAUCUGACUGCAGUUGGUCCUGGAGUUAUAAACUCCAUAAUGAUCUCUAGAGAGCUCCCUCAUUCUCCAGUUUCAUCAUUUGCUUUUUCAGGUAUGACUUCGAGGCUCCGGCGUGGCUUCUGAAUGUCGGCAUUUUCUGUGCCCGGUUUAUUGAGCCCACAGGAAACAGCCGCGUAGUGGAUCUGCUUCAGGUUCUCCACAGUCUCAUUCUUGGCAUACUUCAAGAGAUCCGCUUGUCCCUGUGAUAAAACAUGCAGUUAAAUAGUGUGAUUGAUUACAAUUUGACAACAGAGGUCUUCCAUUGACAUAGAAAUAUUUCCAUUCCAUGAGAGGGCGUAUCUAUUUAUUAUCAGCACUGCAUCCAAAUAGGUCAGUUUUAACAACAACAAAACAAGUUUGUUUUACCAGUCCGCAAUACCAGACUCCAAGAGUGUGCUACCUUUUCAGUUCUUUCCAUUUUCUGGGUACUUUAUUUUUACACAUAUGGAAUCAAGGAGACUAUUCUUCUGUUGCCUUGUUUUUUUUCAUCAGAAGUUAUGUCUUGGCAAUAUUUCCAUGUCAGUAUAUGUAGGUCUACCACAGGAUGACAGGGUAUGUGAAAGCAAAACUCUGCAGAUGGUCUAGGAUAAUUAAGGUAGUCAUACCGGAGUUCUUUAUCUGGUAAAUCCUGCGUUUCUUGUGUUCAGACCAGUCACCACGGCACCUUGAACAGACUAGGCCUUGGGCCAUCCUCCAGAGGAGACUCAAAGGAACCUUACAGGCCGUGAUCCCAAGGCCAACGAGUGGCCAGACUUUACCCCCAUCACUUUUACUUUGCUCUGUGCAACCACAUCCACAUGCCUGCCACGUCCUAGAGUUAGGACACCCAGUUGAGGAAAGAGCAAAUCCGAGAGAAGGGAGGGUGUUCCUGGCAGCGUUCCUGUCCCAUCCCCUCAGAAGAACAGAGGCUAUGGAAAACGCUGCCACCCACCUACCUCCCAGGGUGCCUGGUUUGGGAGACGCCUACUAAACUGGCUUUGCAAUGUGUUCGCUGAGAGACUCAAACCCGCUCUGGUUUCACACAUUCCACUUCAAAUUGUGUCACUUACUCUACUUGGUUUUCGUCUUGAAAGAUUUAAAACAACCUUACAGGUCAAAAUACUUUAAGGUUCUUACGUAGAUUCCUAAAAUAACUUUUAAAGCUACAGCUGAGGGCAGGGCUCCUGCCGAGAGUCCAGCAUGAUUUUCUUCCUCCCGGCGCCUCUGCCCACGGCUCACCUGGAGAGGGGACAGCCAGAAAGGAAGGACCACUGGCAGAUGACCAGACUUUCUGUCUGACCACAAAAGAUGUUCUAGUUUUUAAUAUAUUAAAAUAUUUUUAAUAUUUAUAUUUCAAGGCACCUCUGUUAGUGCUAUGCAGUUUGUGAGUCCAAAAUUAACAAUCACAAUUCCAUUUCUCUUAUUUAGCUAAAACAAUAAGGGUUCUAGAUUUGUUCAUUUUUUCCAAGCUUUUCUUAAACUAUCUCUUAGAGAAAAACAGUCGCCUUCCUUCUGAAGUGAGUGAUCAGUGUGGCCACAGGGACUCUGCCGCCCUCAGCCACGACUGUGCAGUGGCCAUGUGGUUGAAAGCCAGAGAUCAGCGGCCACCUGCUGUCCCCAGGGGCCUGUGGACACCUUUCUUCCUAGUUACACACAGUGGAGAAAAGAGAAAGAAGAGGACACAUACCACUUGGGGAGUCUGACAGAAGCCCAAAAGCAUCAGAUGUUUUUGUUUUCAUGCAAAUAGGAAUCUAAGUCACGAGUGUCUGGUUGGACCUCAGCAUGUCUGGGGCCCACAAGGAUUCCUGGGUUGUUCUGGGGCCCAAGUCCCCAGUCCAGCAGGCUUCACCUGGAUGAUGGGGAGCUGGGCUGCCUCCUGCCGCUUGGUUUGCUGUCCCCUCGGGAACACGGAGGAACAACCGAUUUUAGGUGCCUUCACUAAUAUAAUCGAGCAUGACACUAUAACAGGCCCUUCCCUCACAUCCUCUGCUUUAGUUCCUCCCUGAGGUACUCAGAUAACUUUAUCUGAUGAACAUUUCCUGAGUUGUCUGACUAGUCAGAGAAUUGUGCAUGAGCCGAUCACAUACUCCGUGACACCCCACUUCCCUCACAUGGCCUCUAAAAAGGCUUUGCUGAAACCCUUACGGGAGUUUGGGGUUUGGGGGCACGAGCCACCCAUCUCUUUGCAAUACAUCUUCCUCUGCUCCAAACCUGACCUUUUGGUUUGUCUGGCCUCACUGUGCAUUGGGCAUACGGACUUGCAGUCAGUAACAGUUUUGGCAAGCCAGCUAGGAGUCUGCCUGAAGCCACUCAACCCAGCUAGAGGCAGCCCCUUCCCUGAGUCUCAGCAGCUGCUGGACUCAUUUUGUUCCAGGGAACUGGGAGGGACUGCCUCUGACAGGUGCUGUCUGCCCCGAGGCAUGAGGCUAUUUGGAGCCUAGAAAAGUCCAGAGCCAUAGUCCACAUUUGGUGUAACUUGGUGGUGAGUCAUUCCGGCUUGCGCAGGCUGGAAAUUCUCUCCACUCUUUUUGGGCUGCUUCCCUUGUGGGGAGUGAGCCACUCUGCAUCUGUUCUUCAAGAGCUGAGCCAGUCUGUUUAGGGGCCUCUGUCUGGGAAUGGAAGUCGAAUUCUGGACAACACCUCCUCUGAUUUUCUGUCUAUGACUGUAGCCUGUUUGUGGUGUUUCUGUGUAUAUCAUUCUGGGGUGCCCCAUUCUCUUUCAAGACCCUGGCUGCUCUCAAGGCUUCCAUCUGGAAAUGGAAUUUUGGAUUACACCUCCUCUGAUCCUUUGUUUGUGGGGCCAUAUACUUGUUGUUUCUAUGUGGGUCAGUACUUGCUUUGGCCAGUUGAGAUCUCUUUGGUGAGGGGACUCAAGUGUGACAACAGCAGGGUAUCCUUCCCUACUGCAUUGGUUGCACCUGUGGCGAUGCACUGGUUGAGAUGUCCCCCUUUGGACUAGCCUUUGUCGUUCUUUCAGCUUCCUCUCUGAUGGGACCUUGGUUGGGAAUCUCCCUUUUAGGGGCUUGGGAACCUGUGACCAUGAGAGACUGAUCUGAAUUGUUUGCUUGAUAUUUGAUAACACCAGCUGUGACUAAUUAAGUAUGAACGAUCAGAACUCUGUUCCAUCUUAGACUCCCCUGUGCUAUUUUUGCAAAACUGGGAGAUCUUUAGCUAUGCUCCCAUAAGUGAAAAAAAUAAUGUUUUUAUUGUAGCAUUUUAUGGCCUCAAUACUUCUUCAUACCUGGUGAACAAUGGCCCCUAAUGGCUCUGCUAUUAUAUCAAAGUGGAUAUUUUGCAAUUGGUUUUAUCUUGGGAGAAUGUGUGUGUAUCUAUGUGAGUGAGUGUCUCGCUAUCUGAGUCCAAAUCCUGUUCUCUCACGUUCUGAUUAUGCUCCAAGUGAGGCAUGUGAAUGUGAGAGACUGAUAUGUAUUAUUGUCUAUUGAUGUCAUUUGUUUAAAUAGAAGUGGGUAUUUGGAAACUAGGGAGGGAAAGUUCCCUGAAAAUAGCCAAGAUGGCUGGGUUUUAUAUAAGCAGUUAAGAGGAAGAAUGUAGGAGUUCUUGUCGUGGCAUAGAGGAAACUAGGAACUAGGAACCAUGAGGUUGUAGGUUUGAUCUCUGGCCUUGCUCAGUGGGUUAAAGGAUCCGGUGUGAGCUGUGGUACAGGUUGCAGACAUGACUUGGAUCUGGCAUUGCUGUGCCUCUGGCAUAGGCUGGCAGCUGUAGCUUUGAUUAGAUCCCUAGCCUGGGAACUUCCAUAUGCUGUAGGUGCAGCCCUAAAAAGCAAAACAAACAAAGAAAAAUGAAUGUACAUUUCUCUUCCUAUGCCUUUGAGAUGUGAAUGGUCUCUCCAGAUAUUUGGUAAUGUGAAAUUUAGAGUUAUACUAAAUUAAGUUAAAUGAUAGACGUUUCUUAUAGUUGUUUCUAGAUGGGAGAAUUAAGGGGCAAAAGAAUAUUGAUACAGAAAGUGAAUGUUUAUAGAAAAGGAACUCUGAGACAGGAGCUUUGUGCAUGGUCAGGAUGGCUGAGUUUAGACUAAAUUUAGUGUGAACUUUAUUACUAAAAGUAAGCUGGUUUAAGACUAGCUCUGUUUUUCUUACUGUUAAAGAGGACAUUUUUCUGGGAUGCUACCUUUGCUAACAGAUUGUGUGAGUUUCUGUGCCUUUAAGUGAUCUGUAUUCACUUUUGAGAUCUCGUUUCACUUUUGUCUCACAGUGACCUAUGAUCUUAUUUGACCAAGUGUUUUGAAAUUUUUUGACAAAUUUCCCCCAAAAAGAUUUUAUUUAAAGUUCUUUUGACCUCCAGCUAACUUUGGGAUGCUUUAGAGAAUCCUUGAGGCAUCUCAGAGAAAACUAUUAAAUUAACUAGGAUUGGUUGGUAUGCUAAAUUACACAGGAAACAAUGUCCAGUGAGUGAUAAUCCUCUUUAUAUGAUAUGGAUAAGUGUUAUUAAUACAGACAUUCUAGAAAUAAUAUAAAUUUCUGAAAUUGGGCUAUGUCCUGGUAUAAUGUUAAUUUUUUUUUUUUUUUUUUUUGUCUUUUGUUGUUGUUGUUGUUGCUAUUUCUUGGGCCGUUCCCGCGGCAUAUGGAGGUUCCCAGGCUAGGGGUCGAAUCGGAGCUGUAGCCACCAGCCUACGCCAGAGCCACAGCAACGUGGGAUCCGAGCCGCGUCUGCCACCUACACCACAGCUCACGGCAACGCCGCAUCGUUAACCCACUGAGCAAGGGCAGGGACCGAACCCGCAACCUCAUGGUUCCUGGUCGGAUUCGUUAACCACUGCGCCACGACGGGAACUCCUAAUGUUAAAAUUUUAGUUAUCAUCUUAGUUAUCUUAAAAUUAUCUUGUAUAUCACAACAACUUGGUUAAGCCUGUCAAAAAACAUUAUAACCAGAGCUCUGGCCUUGCCUCCCUAAGUCCUUUAUCAUUCACAGAUAGUUAAGCUGAUGCUUUGCUAAACUGCUUCAUCUUCAGGAAGAGUCAUAGAAAGGGCUUUUUGAGAAGUAGAGGGUUUUUAUGACUUUUAAAUCAUAAUGCAAACUAGGUAAGAUAUUUUAAAAGUCUAAUGAAAACUCUGAUUUCAUAAAAUUUUAGUAAAAAGGAUUAUUAUAAAGGAUUGAGUAAAAUGAAUAUAGUCAUGAUUUCUUGGUUUUGUCUGAAAUAUUUCUUGGUUUUGUCUGGCUUUUCAUCUGUGUUUUUCCAGAUAUAAGGAUACCUUUCCCCUUAAGUUAAUUAUGUUUAUAGCAAAAGUAUACCUUUAUAAACACAACUGAAACAUUUAUCUUUUCUCUCUACUUGAUCCCUCCAGAGACUGGAAACUCUUAAAUUCUCAGCAGCUUUAUCAGGUAACUUAGGAAGGACACUUCCUAACAGGUGCAAAAACCUCGAGGUAUUCUGGGGAUCUCAAAAAACAAGAAAUUCACCUAAACCUGUAAGGCAAAAAAUCUGUGACAAGCACUUGGCAUGGCCCUUUCCUGGCCCUGAGACGCCUUUUAAAAUUUCAGUCUGAGACUCCUUAUGAAAAAUUCUAACACGGCCAAUUUAAAGAAAUCAACAUGAUCAGUUAACCAGACUCAUCUGCAAACCAAUCUUAAUUUGACUGUAUUUGAUUUAAAAUGAGGAUAAGUUUAGAAAGAGGUUAUGUUUCAGUGGAUAUCAAAUUCUGAUGCUGUUAAUUGAGGUUUGUCUUUACUGUCUAACACUCACCUCCCAGACAGUUCCUUGUUAUCAUGCUACAUAACCGUAAAGUUUAACUGAAUUAUUAAGAAGGACACUUAAGUUUCGGAGGCUCACUCACCCCAGCAGUCUACCUUUGGAUAAAUAUCAGAUGCCCCUUACCUGCACUAGGGAUUAUACAUACUGGAAACAGCUUUGCUAAAAUAUGUCGAGAGACCAAUUUACCUUGAGAUAAGGCCUGGCCAGUUGCACUGCUUCAGAUCAGAAUGGCUCCCAGAAGCUGGCUUAAAUUAAGCAAGCCCCUUUGAGAUACUGUAUGGUAGGCCAUUCCAGAUGUCUGCCAAGGCAGGAGGAUCUAUAAAAGCUCUGAAAGAUCUAGCUGUUGCAAAUUAUGUUAAACCCCUGGGCACUGUACUAUCUUCUGUUCAUGAGUUUGCCUCCAACAAGUCUGCCUACCCAACUGAAGUAGCCUUACAUCCUUUCUGGCCUGGAGACUGAGUCUUCCUUAAAGCCUGGAGAGGAAAGGGUCUGAACAUCAGCUGACUGCAAGGUGGCCAGGACCACAUGUGGUACCAGGCCUUCAUCUGUUAAGUCAGCUGGAGGAAAGCCAUGGAUUCAUCACUCUUAGGUUAAAGCAGCACCAGUGUUGUCAGAAAAUGGCCCAACUCCCCGAAAGGCCUAGAGUGCAAUAGGUUUGUGAGCCUUCAAAAGGCUUACGGUUGCUCAAGAAGACAAGUAUUGAGAUUGCAGUUUCAGUAUAAAUGGAGAAGGAUGAGUCAACCCACUUGUUUAGUCUUGUUCAACUGAACAGCACACGAAUCUAGUGUAAUUAUGGUAGAGUUGGAAAGUUAAAGUUAACAGAUAGGUACAGGAAGUGGAACCAAAAGCCCAAGUCCAAUUACAAAUUAGACAACAAAAGUGCUAAGGGGCUUCAUCAGGUUCAAAUAAAUGUCGACAAAGAAAGAAAGGGAAUUGUACUAUUUACUAAAUACUCUAAGGAAGAUUCGCUGCUGAAAGCUGAUCAGUUCUAGUCCAUGAUCACCCCUCACUGCCCCUGUUCAACAGGGGCAGCCAGAGUGGUCACUGCCUCUUUCCUGCAAGACUGUGGAAUGGACAGUGUCAGUGGAGAGCUGUAGGAGCAGUGACAAAUCUGACUGAAUAUUAGAUCUGUUUCUCUUCCUUUAACCUAUAUAUUCCAUUGCUUUUGCUAUAAGUUCAUCACUAAAGGGAUGUUGCCUGUAGCUCAAAGUACACCUAAUGGCCAUCUCAGGAAACCCUGCCCUAUGCUUGAAAGGUAAACUAAAAUACCUUUUGUUCAGCUCACAGACACAUCUUGACCCAGCCCACCAGUGAAUGGCUGCAAGGAGGAAGAAAUUAGCACAUCCCCUCCCAGAGUCUGGCAAAACCAGGAGAUAUUUGCAACAAUUUAUGACCUCACUUAUAUUGCUAGCUAUAUUAUAUGUAUAUUUCCUGUUUUACAGAAUUAAUUCUUAUACUAUCAAAUGUGUGACUGAACUCUGAUAAAAAAUAAUGAUGACAAGGCAACUUGAAAUAGUUGACCAGAUAUAUAGUCAUAAUACAAGAACAAUAACUAACACUGCAAUUCUAGAUGUGUGAAGAAGCAACAAGAGGGAGUUUUUCCUGGACCAUAACAGAUUGGUAAGACAGGUGCCCAGAGACUUUUGACUACUGUUAGUAAAGCCUAGUCUAGUGACUAGCACACUGACGAGCCUAUGAAGGAAAUCCUUGCCUGACUUAGGAAGAGCAUUUCUAGCACCACGGGCAAAGUGGUCAUGAAGUGCUUCCCAACCCAUGUCACACUUAUGACCAUAAGGAAGGCCUGCCAACUAAAAACUGGCACUUGCCAUCUGCCUUGUAUGAGGAUUAAGUCACAAGCCACUGCGGCCACUGACCUCCAACACCCCCUGUGGGGAGUGCAGGGUGGACAUCAGGAGUGAGGCCCUCUGUGCUCUGGGAAAAAAUGACAGAACAGGUCUUCAGAUAGUUAGAUAUUUUCAGGAGAAGAUUUUAUGAGCCCAAUUCCUGCAUCUCCUCAUAUCUAGAAAAGCACUAAAAUCAUUAACACUGACAUCUGCUUUGGCCAUUGAGGUGAGAAAUGAAUAUGAAAGUCAAAAGUGAAGAGAAGUGGUCAGACAUCCAAGGUGAGACUGGGUGGCCAUUGGGGGUGUGAUUUCAAACACGCUCCUGUAUUGCCAAGAACUGAGUUGUGUCGGCCUCAUUCUCAAAGCAGUGUCUGCUGGAGAGGACCCUGUGGUUCCUCUGUCAAGUUUACUAUUAACCUCCUUAUCUGAAACAUGACUCCUUUACUUAUCCAACACCCCUUUUGUUCUCAAGAUUGAGGAUCAAAGGAAAGGGGGGGAUGCAAUGGACAGGCCCUUCCCCAUAUCCUCUCCUUUAGCUCCUCCCUGAAGUACUCAGAGAACAGUAUCUGAUGCCCACUUCCUGAGUUGUUUCACAGAUGUGAAAAAUCCCCACCAAACGGAAGAUGUUAACUAUCUGACCAUGAGCAAGCAGCCCUCAGGCCCCCUGGAGCCUAAAGAUUGAUAAUGUUACCUUGGUGACACUACCCUGUCACGGCACCCAGUCAGAGAAUUGUGCAGAAGCUGAUCACUUACCCUUCCCUCACCUGGCCUUUAAAGAUGCUUUGCUGAAAACCUCAGGGGAGUUCAGGUUUUGGGGGCACAAGCCACCCAUCUCCAUUCAGAAAGCGUCCUCUGCUCCAAACUUGACCUUUCAGUUUGUGUGGCCUCACUGUGCGUCAGGCACACAGACUCGCAUUCAUUAGCACUGACUCCUCUGCUUCUCCAUGCAGACCCUGACUCAGGGCGCACCAGGCCCAGGCCAAGACUGGCUGUCACCCCAAACAGGCCUCACAUUCAUCCCUUCUGGCCUUGCCCAGCAGCUUGAUGUGCAUGUGGCUUAAUUUUUCCCAUCACCCUGAGUCUCCAGAAGCUGCAGGUCCCUCAGUGCCACUCUGAGGUGACACAAGCAGGUCUAGGGUUCCUCUGCUAUCUCUUCCAAGCAUUUUUCUGCAACCAAAACCCAAGAAUCAGGUACAGCCUCUAUGGAGAACAGUAUGAAGUUUUCUUAAAAAACUAAAAGUAGAGCUGCCAUAUGAUCCAGCAAUCCCACUCCUGGGCAUCUAAUCAGACGAAACUAUAAUUCAAAAAGAUAUGUCAACUCCUGAACAGUACCCAAGACAUGGGAAGCAACCUAAAUGUCAAUCGACAGGACGAGAUAAAGAUGUACAUUUACACACAAUGGAAUACUACUCAGCCAUAAAAAAGAAUGAUGCCACUUACACAACAUGGAUGGACCUAGAGAUUAUCAUACUGAGUGAAGUAAGUCAGAAGGAGACAAAUACCAUAUGAUAUCACACACUGGAAUCUAAAAUACAAUAUAAAUGAACCUAUCUAUAAAACAGGAAUAGACUCAGAGACAUAGAGAACAGACUUGUGGUCGCCAAGGGUUGGGGUGUGGACUGGGAGUUUGGGAUUAGCAGAUGCAAACUAUUAUAUACAGAAUGGGUGAACAAAGUCCUACUGUAUAGCAUGGGGAACUACAUUCAAUAGCCUGUGAUAAAUCUUAAUGGAAAAGAAUAUGGAAAAGAAUGUAAAUAUAUGUAUAGCUGAGCCACUUUGCUGUACAUCAGAAAUUAACAGAACAUUAUAAAUCAACUAUACUUCAACAGAAAAAAAAUAAAA